AUGGAGCGCGGUAUUUGGGAGGGGGAAGGGCAAAGGGGAGGAGAAGGGGAAAGGGAGGAGAGAGGUGGCAUUAGAGGAGUUGCUGGCGGAGGAGCCGAUGGUAGUGCUGGAGUUAGAGGAGGUGCAGGUAGUAGUGGUGGUGCUGGUGGUGGCGUUGGAGGAGGUGCUGGUGGAGGAGCAGGUGGUGGUGCAGGAGGUGGGGCUGGUGGUGGAGUUGGAGGUGGAGCAAGCGGGAGAGUAGGAGGAGGAGCUGGUGGAGGCAUUGGUGGUGGUGCCGGAGGUGGAGCAGGUGGAGACGUAGGAGGAGGGGCUGGAGGAGGCCUUGGCGAAGGGACUGGAGAUGGGGCUGGUGGCGGAGUAGGGGGUGGAGCAGGCUGCUGGGCAAGGCUGCGUUGCAGUACUGCUGCGUUGCUGUUGCGUUGCUGCUGGGAAGAAGAAAAAGAAUAG